GGAGGAGGGGGCGUCCCGUGCUCUGCCUUCGGAGCUUCGGGGAAGGGGGGCCGCGGCUCGGGGCCGGCGGGGAGCGCUGGCGCGGGCGGAGCACUUCAGAAACUGGAGCCGAGGAGCCCUAAAGCGAAGGCAGGUGCCCGGGCUGGCGGAGCCGGGGUCGCCGCCUGCCCCUUGAUGCCUGCGAGGGGGCCGCCCGAGGUUCCCCGCCACACUCCAGCCCUUCCUCCGGCCGGGGUCGCGGCACCGCUCCCGGCCGCGACUCCCUGUACCGAGUGAGGACCCUUUCCCGGGGUGCCGGGCUCCCUGAGGGCCGCUCUCCGCCGAGGGGGCUGGUGCCGGACGGCCCGGCGCCCCUCGGAUGUGCGGCUGUGCGCCCGCCAGCGGGCCGCUGCUCCUCGGCUGCGGAAGGGUUAACGCUGGUCGGCAGCAGCGCGGGGAAGCUGCUCGUACCCACCUACCCCUCAGCUGCUCCGACAGUUGAAAAGAAAGUGCAAAGGAGGUGUUUCCCUGCAUUGGCUCAUCUUCACUGUACCUCUCCCGUUCUGCUUCCUCUUCCUUCUGCUCCCCGAGUGAAGAUGAGUGACCUGCUGCGAAUAUGACAUCUCUGACAAGUGUCAUUGCCUCCCACCAGUCCGAGUGGGUGUCCUUCACUGACGAGCUGCUUCUCCCUGUUCCCCCACGAGGUAGCACUGAGGCUCCUCCAGUGAAAUGUUUUAAUUCCUCCAACACAUCCUCAGAAGAGAACCACAAUGCAAAUGGAGAAUUUCAAGACCUAUUCUGCUCAGAGCUGGAGGAGGCAACUGAGCAGCCCAAGGUGGAUUCUGCUGUGCUUGGUAACCAUGUGUCUCCCUGCGCUGAUCUGUCAUCAUCCAUCAGUGCUUGGGUUCAGUUUGAAGAUGCACCGUGGACCAGUGCUUCAUCAACCCACCCACAAACAGUGUCUGCUUCAAAAGCACCCAGCUGGACUUCCCCCUCUUCCAACUCUUCUGAGAGGCAAGCCCGUGCCUCAGAGAGCAGCUGGACAACCAACUCGGAGGACACCAGCAGCCCAAGCAUUGCUCCCUCCUACACAGAUCUGCAGUCACUGAAUACCGAGGACUUGACCAGUGGUAGAACAUCUGCAGCAGAUUCAGCUGACAACUCCUCGUCUCUCCAGGAAGAUGAAGAGAUAGAUAUGGAGGCUGUCAACUGGCAGCUGAACAACACCUCCAUGAAUGGCCAUUCAUCUACCCCAACCACAGUUCGCUUUCCCAGCUGGGUGACUUUUGAUGACAAUGAAGUCAGUUUUGCACCACAGAGCCUUUCUCCCUUGAAAACAGAUACCCCACCUGCAGAAACACAGGCUCCAGAUGUUAACUUUAAUCUCACUACGUCUUUAAAGAAAAGAGAGCGUCCUAAAAGCACAUUGGGAGACCUCUCCAAAAUUCAAAAACUAAAUCUCUCUUCUUUAACCAAGUUGCCUUCUGUUGAAACACCACCGUGGAGUGCUACUAAUCCCUUUCUGGAUGAAUCUCUUCGAGAUGUCCAACCCUCACCCAUCAAUCCAUUCAGCUCAUUCUUUGAGGAGCAAGAGAGGCGUUCCAAAAGCUCUUCCGUAUCCAGUGCUCCAGGCAAAAGCCAAAGAGACUCUCUCAUUAUUCUCCAUCAAGAGCCUGAUACUGUCGGUUUCCAUGAGGCAAACAAGACUGUAACGCACACAGAUGCUGUAGAGCAGCUCAAACAGCUCCAGAUCGGAGACCCAGAUGCUGUGAGCAGUCCUACCUUGCCUGAUGAUGACCCCAUGAUGCCUUAUGAUCUGGAUGCAGCUUUAUUUAACCUGGCACCUGCUCAGCCAAAGGAUGGAUGGCCAAUGAUGCUGAGGAUCCCAGAGAAGAAGAACAUUAUGUCAUCCAGGCACUGGGGACCAAUAUACGUCAAGCUGACCAACAGUGGAUGUAUACAGCUUUUUUAUGAGAAGGGACUAGAGAAGCCUUUUCGGGAACUCAAACUUGAAAUCAAUCAUGAGAUUUCAGAGCGCAAGCUGCAGAACUACGAUGAGAAUGGAAGGAUACACAGCGUGCGGUUGGAUCGCACAACAUACAAGGAGAAAAAGAAAUAUCAGCCUAAGCCAGCCAUUGCACACACUGCGGAGAGAGAGCAAAUUAUCAAGCUUGGGACUACAGAUUAUGAAGACUUCCUUAGCUUUAUCACUGCUGUGCAAGACACACUGAUGAACUUGCCAGCUUCAUCAACAGAUCUGAGCACAGUAGGACUGAAUUAUCAAGAAGAAGAAAUCACUGUGGAUGUCAGGGAUGAGUUUCAUGGCAUCUUGGCCAAGGGAGAUAGUGUGAUUCUCCAGCACAGUGUGCUGACUCAUAUCUAUGUUCUCAGCUUCCUUUCUGGCCUGGCAGAAUGCAGACUGGGCCUUAAUGAUAUCCUGAUCAAAGGGAAUGAAAUAGUUGCAAGGCAGGAUAUUAUGCCCACUACUACCACUAAGUGGAUUAAAUUAUACAGCUGCCGCUUCCAUUCAUGUGUGGAUGAGGAUAUGUUUAAUAACUCCCGUAUUAUCCUGUUCAACCCCUUGGAUGCCUGUCGGUUUGAACUGAUGAGAUUCAGGACUGUCUUUGCUGAGAAAACUUUGCCUUUUACUCUAAGGACAGCUGCCAGCAUCAAUGGUGCUGAGGUGGAGGUGCAGAGCUGGCUGAUGAUGUCCACGGGGUUCUCUUCCAACCAUGACCCUUUAACUCAGGUCCCUUGUGAAAACGUGAUGAUCCGUUACCCCGUGCCAAGUGAGUGGGUGAAGAACUUCCGCAGAGAGAGUGUCCUGGGGGAGAAAUCUUUGAAAGCCAAGGUGAACAAGGGAGCCACUUUUGGAUCAACCAGUCUGUCUGGUUCUGAGCCAGUAAUGAGAGUAACUUUGGGAACUGCCAAAUACGAGCAUGCCUUUAAUUCCAUCGUAUGGAGGAUAAACCGACUGCCUGACAAAAACUCAGCUUCUGGCCAUCCUCACUGCUUUUUCUGUCACCUAGAGCUUGGCUCUGACCGGGAAGUGCCUUCCAGUUUUGUCCGCUAUGUAGAUGUGGAAUUUGACAUGCCCACCACUUCUGCGUCCAAAGCCACUGUUCGGUCCAUCUCUGUCGAGGACAAGACGGAUGUGAGGAAGUGGGUCAACUAUUCAGCACACUACAGUUACAAGGUCGAAAUAGAGCAGAAAAGAAGCUUGAAUGAGGAUCUGAAGGGAGAAAGUACUGCAGAUGUCAAUGAAUGUGCUACACAGUAAAGGAAGAUCAGUCUGGCAGUGCCAGGAGGGGUGGUCAAAUUAACAGACCUGGAAGAAAGGACUUGCAGGGGUUGGGUAUUUUUCUUUUAAAAAAUUAGGGACUACUACUUUUUAAACAAUGCUCUGAAAAGUAUAAUUUUUUCUCCUUCUGAUGAUCCAUACUUUGAGAAGAAUGUGGUCAGGGUUUGUUUGGAGGGGAUCCACGGGCUUUUGCUGGAACAAGUACAGUUGUACAGUCAAGCCUGCCUUUUCACCAUUUGGGUUCUGCACUUAAGUAUGGUCUGGCAACCAUCUCAGCCUCAUCAGAAAACAGCCUUUAUCUCACAAUCUUGCCCUCCCACAUUAAGCAUUUUGUUUCAAUGCCUUUUGGUUUGGCCUUUGACUGAAUUGCUUCCUUCUGAACUGCCAAAUAAAAUUCAGGGAGGAUCAAGUGAAAAAUUAUAUAAAAUCUCCUUUCUGAAAUGGUCCACAGAGUGAAAACCCUGAGCAUCAUUCUGAAGAAUCAGCACACUCUGCAUCUUAACAAGAGAAUGGUCUCUGUGUUGAAGUAGAUGAACUACAGACAGGACAGCUGAUCACAGAGCUGUCCCUCUCUUCAGCCCUUCCUGUCUCAUCCCUUGAGUGACACGUCACUGUGCACGUUUUCACGGGGUUUGCACCAGUUACAAGAAAGCCUCUGCAAUUUCUUAAAAUUUUUACUUUGUAGUCUGAGCCGUUCUGGUAUCUUGACUGAACAUGGUCGUGGCUGCUAGUAAUAGGGAAUGUGUGUUACAAUAGUGGAGAUACCAGGGGGACUUUGCUAAGAUUAGAUCAUUCCUGCCUAGAAAGAUAUUUAAGGGAAAAACAUGGGGGUUUAGUUUUGGGUUUGGGGGUUUUUUGUAUGGUUUCUUGGAUGGGUAAAAUGGGUGGUUAUUGAAAAUGUCAGAAAACAAUUACUUUAACAGAAAAUGUUGUUCGUUUUCCUGAAAAUCCUUGGAAGUCUGUCCAGCACAAUAUACUUUUCAUGUUCUAUCUUGAACCUACAGUAUAAGUAACUUGUAUCUUUAUAAUACUCCCAUUAACUGGGCCCCAAAAUCUCUUUCCAAAAAUUGACAAGCUUCUAUCAUGGAGAUUUUUUAUCCCCACUUACCUGGAAGUAAUAGCAAGUCUUAAAACCUCUUUCUAAAUAAAAAUGCAGAAGAUAUAAAUCACUCAUUCACACACAUUUCCAGAGAAAGCAGUGUUAAAAGUACCCAUUUUUAGUUGUUUCUAUGGCUUGUGUAAUAUUUUGUCUCGUAAUGUUAAAUGUAAAGUAAGUAAUUUAUUAAAUCAUUUAUAUUUUGAAAGGCUACUACUGACUAUAAAAUACACAUUUGGAAAACGUUGGCAAUGUAAUUUAAAAUCAUAAUGAAUUAAAAUGAAAGCUUUUUUAUAAACUUAUUUCAUUUUACAUUUAAUAUAAAAAAAUAAUACACUCUUGAUAUACCAAUUUCACUGUGACUCCUAUAAAAAUUACUACAUUGUUAAAUCCCAAAUAAAUAAUGAAAUUUAUUUCAUCGAGUCUGAAACUGGUAGUGGUAGAAUUUAAAAUAAAUUGUAGGGAACUUUUAAAUGCCUUUUUUAUAUGCACCUACAUUUCAAGACUGCAUCACCCUAGUGACACACACUUAGGUGCACCACUGUAAAUAUGUAAAGUCUUAAUCCUUCUAGGACUUACUGACAAGCCUGUAAUACUCCACUGCAGAUAGCCCUUCUGGGCCCAGGUGCUCCUUGGAGCACACCAGUUAAUAUUAAGCAUUUGCAACAUCUCUCUGUAAAUGGUAGAAUGCUAUGAAUUUUCAUUAAGAAUUUUGAGAUCAGUGGAUGAAAAUUUCUGAUAUUAUUAAUGAGAACUUUUAUAUGUUGUGAAGUAUCUGGGAGCACAGGGCUGAAUUUGUGACUGAUUCUCAGCUCUGGCACAGGCUGGCUGUGAUGAGUUUCAUGGCAACUCCUCUACAAAAUUCACUCCUGUUCAAAGGCAGUCAAAGAAUUUCUGAGUGGUUUUCCUGCUUUUCACUGCUGUUCCUAAUGUACAGUUUCUGAAAUCUCACUAUCAAGAAAUAAAAAAAAACCAAGCUGAAGCAGUGCUGAGGUGUCACUGAGGAAAUGUGAGAAUGUUUUGUGAAAGAAAUUAAUAUUUUUCUACUCUGACCUGCAGGCUCAGUGUCUGAUUUUUUUGCCUAUUGCCCCUCAGCUCAUGGAAACACAAAUAAGUAAGACAAGUUAGUAAAGUUAUGUUGUACACCUUAAGAGGGGAGAAAAUAAAAGGAAAAUAAUUUUGCAUCACUGUUGAAUUGUUAAACUAUUCAGCCUCUAUCAUACUUGUGCCACAGAAUAUUCUAUGUUCCAGUAACUGAAAGAUAAAAAUACUGGACCUUUAUGGAUUUACUUAAUUUCUGUACCACUUCAUCGCUGUUUUUGCUUUUUUUUAAAUUCAGAAUCAAUUAAUGAAAAAACUGACUCUCAUCUUUCCUGUGUAGUUGUACACAGAAGUGUUUCUUCCAGUCAUCAUGAAUUUAUGCAGGCAAAACUGGUUAAGUGUUCUGGUUUAUGUGAAAGCUAUUUUAAUCCAUUCUUAUCUCUGGAGAGAUUUUUAGAUGUACCUGCCGCUGAAUUUUCAAGAAUUAAGGAUGAAUACCCCAGCCAGAAUCUCAAAAGAUCUUAUUUCCUAAAGACUGGAGUAAGAAGUUUGAUUUUUCAAGAGUGCUAAUAACCAAAAUCUUUAAGAAGUCUAUUGUUGGUGUCACCAGGUAUCUCAACUGAAUUAGUUUUUCAGUCCAGCACCAUUACAAGCAUUGAGAAUUUGAACACUUGGAUCCUAAGUGCCCUUACUGAGGUCUCCACUGGUUUUUAUUGAUUAAAAUAAAAUAGUGCAAAUUUUUCAGUGUUACACACUGUCAUUUAUGUACUUUAUGUACAUAUACUCUUCACCCAUGUGAGUAUAGUAGUAAUUUGAACAGAUUGUUGAUUGGAGUGAAGGGAAAAGAUCUAAGAAGUUUGUGAGUUUGAAAGUAGCAGAAAUUAUUUAGAUACAAGCAGUGCCUGAAGUGGGGAUUUUUUUUUUUUUUUUUUAAUCAUGCAGAAAAAUAUAUCUGAUUAGUUUCAGAUUACUGCUUCUUUUGAGAAAGAUGCAGUCACUGUCCUUUGGUAUAUUUGAAAGCUUUGUAGUACUCAAACACUCCAUGCAGGAAAUGUGCCUUCAAGGUAAGCAUACGUUUACUCCCUGAAGUGAUUCCCACUUUCAGUCCUCUUUCUAUUUCUCAUUACUGUUUUAAUAUUUGUACUGUGGUAAGACUUGAGGUAUUGUAUGGAAUUUUGCCUAGAAACAUGAAGUGUCUUUGAUCACAAGGGGUGAAGAUGAACAGUAUCUCCAGGCAGCUGAGGUUAUUUUAGUUAAUGUCUCUUGUAUUUAUUAACUAUGGACACUCUGCUAGAAAAGGAAAAUGGGUGAAUUCAUCUGAGAAAUACUAAAACUGACUGAUGUUAUUUUUGUUCUUUUAUUUAGAUUUAAAUUUAGUCAUCCUAUGAAGGAGUCAGAUAUAGCAGUAUCAUUAUAAACACUGCAGAAAUAAUCUUACUUCUCUGGUGGCUGGCUGGCUGACAGUUACUUGAUAGGAUGUCCAACACCUGUCCACAUUAUUUAGUAGCUGCCAAAACUCCCUCCUGAACAGUCACCUCCCAGGAUAGACAGCAAUUGCAUGCGAAAGAGCAUGAAAGCAAGUGGAAAAGGUGUGGUUCAGCCUGGAGGUGCUUGCUCUUUUGCUUGCAUAAAAUCCUCAGUCAUUUCCUUGGCCCUUCAGUGUACUAAUCAAGUCCUUGAUAGGUCACCUUUGUUCCAGCUGGUGAAAAAUUUCCUUCAGUGACUCUCAGCAGCUCAUGUGUUAAUCUCUAGAACUGACCAGCACAAUAAUUUACAGCAUACAGAGAUCACUUAACAGAUUAAGUACUUACCCUCUUCUGCCACUAAAGUUAAAUCCACAUCAUGACAUGCCUAAGAUACAAAAUUUUGUGUGAUAACAUGCACAGCUCUUCCUAAUGUUCCUGUUUUGCUCAGUCAGCCAGCCACCCCUCACACAUUCAGCCAUCCAUCCUCCCAUCCGUCCUACCCUCCUCCCAUCUCUCUCUUUCAUACUUGCAAUUUAUUCUUUGCACUAUUGACAUUGAUUGGUUUAAUUAUUAUUUUGUAAUACGUUCCUACCUUAUUUUGUAAAAUAAGUCUGUACACUGGCUAACUUUGUAGAAGUGGUUUAUUUUUUUUCUUUAUAUCAGUUGAAACGGGAUGUCAUGUUUUUGUUUAAACUACAUGAAAAUUUAAAUAAAUGUUAAGAUGAAACAGCAUAUCCACAUUUUUGCUGUGAAAUUGAAGUUGUACAUGCUGUAUAUUCUGAUAAAUCAGAGGUCUUGAAUUCAGAAGAGGAAAAGGAAUAUUUUGAAUGGCAUAAAGGACAACAUAAAUUAGAAGUUAAGGGACUACAUACAGAAAAGAGAUAACUUCAUUUGAUCAGGCAGCUUGAACAACAGACUUCAAGGGAAAUGGAGCCUGAGCCACGUAACAGUUUUGAAGUAGUACUAACAUAAUAUGGAAGAUGGUCCAGCAUUUGGAAACAAAGUAAUUGACGACUGAAGCCUCUGCUCAGUGGUCUCUUCUUUGACCACUAAAACCAGGAGUACAUGGAAGAGUGAUAUCUUCCUGUGAGCAGAACGUGUUUGCAAAGCAAGUGUCUGGUCUAAAGUAUGUGGAGUCCUCUGCUAUGAUUCUCUGAGUUCUUCCAAAGUUCAGUAAGCCAUGUGUCAUUUCAUACAUCUUUCCACUUCUCUCAGUCACUGAGACCCACUUCAGUUUGUUGUUUUUCUCAAAAAGCAUUCCUUGUAUCACACUGAAGAGCUGGGCCAAAUAAAAUCAGAUACUCCUCAUAACUGCUGGUCAGAGUAUUGCUCUGAGCUCAGUACAACUGACAGUAAGUCAACCAUUUUACAGUAUCAGCAAAUGGAAGUACGCAAGGUACGAUGCCUCAUAUUCGUUAUUUAAGAGUAAAUCAAGUCAGCCAGAAGAAACAAGGAAAGUUAAGAUUCAGUGGCUGUUAGUAUUAAGAGUUUUUUACUACAGUUCAGAUACUCGGUGACUUUUGGAAAUGAACAUAUAAAAUUGGGAGGGUAGGAUUUUAUUAACCCUGAUAGCUUGCUAAUAUGCAUAAUGUUUUUAAAAAGAAAGAUUUAGAGAAAAAAAAAAAAACAAAACCAGAAAUUUUAAAACAAAGGAGCUCAGAGUUCCUUGGCAACAGUGUAGUCCUUAGAAUUAAGUCAAAAUAACACCCUACAAGAGAUGGGGAGGUCAGAGUGCCAGUGCAGUGUGUACCCAAACAAAAGACAUCACUAAAGGGAGAUAGCACAAUUUGGAGAGGAAAAAAACACAGUUUUCUUUCAGUACUCUUAGUUGCCAUGAUUGCCCACCCUGACUAGUCCAGAUAUGUUGUAAAUUUUUAAGACAAAAAGUGCUGAAGGUCAGCUGGAGAUGAAGCAAAAGAUGGAGGAGCAGCCCACUGUUCCAGUUUAGGUGCAGGUGUGGGUCACAGCAGAUGUGUCUGAAACAUGAAGUGCACCAGUCCCAGAAAAAACUCUUGUUCUCUUGGUCAGUAUCAGAAGCCUAUCAGCAACUGCUAUAUAUAAAAAAGUAAUUGGAAUAGUAUUUUAUACACUAGCUAUGAAAGGUGUCUUUCUCAACUCUGAGCAAUGGGACAGCAAAGCCUAACGGACAGGGGUGACUGUAGUACUGCCUUCAGUAGCACUGGGGUAAAUCAACAAGGGGCAGACACAUGCUGGGGUUCAGGAGGUCUGGCCGGACUGGUCCUUCCCUGGUUGGGGGCCUCCUGCAGCCUCCCAGUUUUUACUACUCCAGGGGCUGUAGAUAAACUGGGAGCAGUCAGCUCAGCCUAAAGAUCUUUUGAAGGAAAAGGUUGAAUACAGGGUGAAUACAGCUGAAAGUAACUUCUUAAAUUGGGACCCUCUUUUGUAAAGGUUUUCCUGAUGCAGGACUGAAAAGGAGAGCUCAACUCCUCUGUGGAAGCAAACUCUGCAGAGUAGCAGAGUUCUGACUUCAGGUCAACCAAAACAAAAGCAAAACUGCAGUUUUCAACUGAGAUUAAGAGUUCAACUACUAUGGCUUCCCCUGUGCCCAUCUCCCUUUUAUCCAAACCUUGCUUCUCACUGCAGCAGUCAGCAGGUUUGGUUGAUAUUUUUUCCCACACUCUUACAGGUACCCUUUGCUGUGGCUCUCAGGAAGUGACGGUGCUAGGGGAACACCCAGGGGAGUGCUGGUGGCAAAAUGGGAUAUGUUGAAGUUACAAUCUCAGCAGAGAAAAAUGUGUGCUAAUACCUCACAAAUUCCUGUGACAAGUCAGGAACUAUGCAAAAAAAUUAGACUUGGGGAGUCCCAGUCUACAAAUACUGAUGUUAGGAACAAAGGAACAAAUGCUGUAAAAAUUAAUAUGAAUAUUAUGUAAGACUGGAAGGCUUUUGAACAAAUAGAUUUGGAUCUGAACCAUAUUGUCAAAAUCGGCUCUCAAAUUCUUCAGGGCCAGCAGACACAGCAUGAUGAAAUUGUGAGUUGACUGACAUUUCUGCUUGGUUAGUUGGGGUCUGUGGCAUGGGUCUUACCUGGAGA